AUGUUAAGAUUAGAAGAUACUUUUUUUGUGAGUUUUAUCACUAGAGUUGUCUAUCUUGGUGCUUUUUGUUAUAGAAGUUGUCCUUUUAUGUUUUUAUUAUUCUUUUUAGAUAUUGCUUUUGUUAUUGGUGUUAUCUAA